UAAAAAUAAUUAUUAAUAUAUUUUUUAGUAAUUAAAUAUUAACUAUUUUUUAUUUUUAUCAUUAAAAAGUUUUAGUGUCAAUUAUAUAAUUAUUAAUAAAAAAAUUUUAACUAUUGCAAAAAAUAUAUAAAUUCAUUAUAACAUGUAAUAAUAAGAGUAAAUAGUCAAAUUGGUUCCCAAAAGAUAGCCCGAUCUCCAAAUGAGUCCCCGUAAGAAAAAGAUAAUAGAAAUUGUCCUCGAAAAAUUUAAAAUUGGUAACAUUAGUCCUUCCGUCAAAUGUUUGAGUAACGGCGUGAACAUAUGCUGACCUGGCCGUUAGAGUGACACACGUCAGUGAAGGCUUAAACAGUGUCGUUUUCGUUGCUCCCCGUUACAACGCUUGGGUUUUCAUCCCUGUUUCGUAUUCUCUCUCUAGUUGCAUCCUUCUUCUGAAAAGAAAGAACCCCUGCCAUCCCUUUGUCUUAGUUGUUUCCUCCAGGAAGACGGAGCAUUGAACGGCGACGACCAGGCUUGACCGAUGACGACAGUGUGCUGGAGUUGUUGGUGACCGGUUUGCGACGACGUUGGUCAACCGAAAAGGGCACUCCAUCGCCUUGCGUGAGAGAUGGAAGGUCCCCCAAUGACCUUUGUAUUUCACCAUGGUGGGAAGUUCCAAACAGAUGAAUCAGGCUAUCUGUGUUAUGAACCAGAUAAUACUGAAGUAUUAAUAGGUGUAGAUUCAGACACUCUAGACGUUUUCUUUGUGAAGGGAUACUACAAGGAGCUGGGAUAUGCUGAGAUGAACAAUUGCUUGUGGAAAGUUUCUGGAACGUUGCUGAAAAAUGGCUUGACGAGGCUAGAAAAUAACACUGAUCUGUUGGAAUUGGUUAAGGAUUGCAGGAGGAAUCAUCACCUCAUCAACAUCUAUUUUGAGCAUGUAGUGUCUAAGCCACACGUGGUUGACUGCAUGAGCAAGGAUGAUGAUGAAGUACUUUGUUUGCCAACCUUCCCUGAAGAAGCAGAGAAACUGAACAAGGACCACAAUGAUGCAAUGUCCCAAGAUUACCGUAAGACAACAGAAAAAUCACCUCAGCCAAAAAGAGCCAAAACUCAGCCCACUCCUAAGGCCACUCCUCAGCCCACAUCUAAGGCUAUUCCUCAGCCCAAACAUAAGCCCACACCUAAGCCCACUCCUCAGCCCACACCUAAGCCCACACCUAAAGCCACACCUGAGCUAACUCCUCAGCCCACACCUCAGCCCACACUUAAUCCCACUCCUCAGCCCAAUCCCCAACCCACACAAACGCCCACACCUAAGCCCAUAGUUAUUAGAACCGAACUGGUAAUCGAACCGGUUAGAUUACUGGGUCACUGGGUUACUGGUUCAAUCGGUGGGUCACUAGUUGAACCGGUUGACUCGGUACUAUAUAAAUAAAAAAUAAAAAUAGUCAAAAAUUUAAAAUUUUAAUUUAAAAUACAUAUUUUUACUAAUAUUUUAAGAAUAUUAAAAUAUUUUAAAAUAUUAUAGACCAGAAAUAAUAAGUAUUUUAUUAUUUUUACUCUAUUAUAAAUAUUUUUAUUUUGUUUUUAUAUUAAAAUAACUAUUAUUUUUAAAUUUCAACAAUUUAUUAAUUAGUUUAUAUUUAUUAUAUUAUUAUAUACUACAAGUAUUUAUUAAAAAAUAAUGCUAAUAGAUAUUAUAUAAUUAUAAAAAAAAUAAAUGAGUUUAUAAUUAUUGUUAAAUGAAAAUAUAAUUAAUUUAAGAAUAAAUGAAUUUAUAACUAAAUUUAAAAUAAAUUGGAUAGAAAUAAAUUAUUUGAUAAAAGAUAUGUAUAUAUUAUAAUUUGCAUAUAUAUAUAUAUCAAUGAAAACCAUCCCAGCCUAGUGCCUGUCAAUAGGGUUACUCUUCCAAGGGGGAAGGGGUUUGAACCCCUUAUGUUAUAUUUUGUUAAAAUUUAAUUUCUAACCGAUUCGGUUGGACCGAAUUUUACUGAGUUCGACCGGUUUUUACUGAUUCGCACCGGGUUUAAUCGGUUCACAGUAGUUUUAAACCUUAUACGGUCCAAAUAACGGACCGGACCGGUAAAGGAUCCGGUUCACCGAUUUUCUGGUUGAACCGGCCGAUCCGGUCCGGUUCUGCUAACACUGCCUAAGCCCAUUCCAAAGCCCAAAACCAAGUCCAUGAAAAAGUCCGUCCAGCAGCCCAAAUCUUGGACUAAACCCAAUGCUCCUAAAGGGAGUGGCAAGGCUACAGCAGCCGACAAGAUCAGUAAGAAGGUGAAAGCCACAACCAGUACAAGAUCUGGAAGGCAGGUUAAGGCAACUCCAGUUGUAGAUGAUAGUGAAUCUCAUGAUUCAUAUGAUAGUGCUGAAGACAGCUUGUACAAGCCUCCAAAAGUUGCAGGAGAUUCCAUAUACAGUAGUGACAGUGAUAGUGGAGUUGAUGGAGUAGAGGCUUCUAGGGCCAAGAAAGUAGAUCACAGAGAGAAGCAUAGGCCUGCUGCUGACAGAACAAGGGACAAAGCUAUUGAUACUGAUGACUCUAGCUAUGAGGACAUCGAAUCUGAUGAAUGCUCUGAUGGAGAGUCAGAUGACGAAUUUGAUGGGGAAGAAUCAUCAGAUGGAGAUGAAUGGAAGUCAGAAGAUUCUACCCAUGAGUUAGACUCUGAAGAUGAAGGGCCAGCUGUGUAUCCACAUUAUAAUGACAAGGCCAAAUUUGGUGAUCUGAAGUUUGAGGUAAGUAUGGUUUUCAAAUCCAAGCAACAUUUUAUGACUGCCACUAGAGAUUACACUAUACAAUGGGGUAAGAAUAUUAGGUUCUGUAAGAAUGACAAGGUUAGAGUCAGGGCGGUUUGUAAGUGUGAAGACUGUCUAUGGGUAGUAUAUUGUAGACACAACCCCAGUGAUGAUUCCUGGCAGAUAAAAAUACUAGUUGACAAUCACACUUGCGCAAGAAAGCGAAAAAAUAGAGCUGCUAUAUUGGAAUGGACCGUGAAUAAGUUAUACCCAAAACUUAGGAAGCACCCUAAGAUGAAGCAUAGGGAGGUGUAUGAGUGGUUUGUUAGGAAGUGCAACGUGAAGCUGAAUAGUUCAUGCAUUACUCGAGCUAUUAAGGCAUCUAGGAAAAUAGUUGAAGGGGAUGAGAUUGCUCAAUACAGGUUGAUAUGGGAUUAUGCAAAUGAAUUGCUAACUGCCAACCCAGGUUCCACAGUUCAGGUGGGUGUGAUUCCCAUUACUGAUAAUCUACUUCAGUUCGAGAGAUUUUAUGUGUGUCUAGAUGCUUGUAAGAAGGGUUUCAAGGCAGGCUCUAGGCCAUUGAUAGGUCUAGAUGGGGCAUUCCUGAAAACAUUACAUGGAGGACAGCUUCUCACUGCAUGCGGACAGGAUGCAAACAAUCACAUUUUUGUGAUUGCAUAUGCAAUUGUUGAUGUUGAGAACAAAGAGAACUGGAAAUGGUUCUUGGAGCUGCUCCUAUCAGACCUGAGAGAAUAUGAGGCAAAGAACUUGUGUUUCAUAUUAGACAUGCAAAAAGUGAGGACCAAUUUGAAUCACGAUUUGAUUUUUAAGGACUUUUUUGAUUUAAUGAUGCUUCUUUGAGGACUGUAAUAACUGUAAAUCUUGUCGGGUUUGACUGUUUGUGCAAGGGUUAAUACCAGCUGUCAAAGAACUCGUCCCAGCUGUUCCACACAGAUUUUGUGUCUGGCAUUUGUGGAGGAACUUCUCCAAACAGUGGGGCAGCGUCGAGCUUAAGAACUUGGUCUGGAAGUGUGCAAGAUCGAGGACCCCAGUUGAGUUUGAAAGGAAUAUGAAUAGAGUCAAAAGGAUUAAUCAAAAAGCUUGGGAAUACUUAGACAAGUGGCCGAAGGAAACGUGGACCAAAGCCCAUUUCAGUGAAGGGCCAAAGGUCGACAACAUUUACAACAACGCUUGUGAAUCCUUCAAUGCAAAGACGAAGCAUGACAGAGGUAAGCCUAUUCUGAGUUUGGCAGAGGAGGUACGAAGAAUGGUUAUGAAAAACAUGUCUGACAAUAGACUGAACCUUCUGAGUUAUCAAGGAAAACUUGCUCCAGUUCAGCAAAGUAGGCUAUAAUCACUUAUUAAGUUAUCCAGAAACUGGGCUCCCUACUGGUCGGGUGAUGCAAAAGAGGAAGUCUAUGAAGUUCAAGGAUGGCCUACUAAUAUGGUAGUAGAUUUGGGGAAGCAUACUUGCUCCUGCAGGUUUUGGCAGUUGACACGUUGAAUUCAUAAAUAAUUUCUUUUUACAUAUGCAUACCAUGAUUCAUACUUAACUGAAUGAAUUUUUUUUUGUGUGAAAUAUAUAGGAAUGCCUUGUAUGCACGCAAUAUCGCCAUUCAAAAAAAAAAUGAUAAGAGGCCUGAGGAGUAUUGCCACGAAUGGUUGAGCAUGGAUGCGUACAGAAGAACAUACCAAUUCAAUGUUAAUUCUGUCAAGGGACAAGAUCUAUGGGAGAAAACUAGUUCUCCUGCACCUAUUCCACCUCCUAUCAAACCUAAACCAGGCAGACCAACAACAAAUAGAAGGAAGGACAAGGAUGAAGGAUCCACUGGCACGAAGACAAAAAUGAAAAGGAAGUAUGCUCCAAUUCGGUGCAUGUACUGUGGAGAGGUGGGUCACAACAAGAGAACUUGCAGUAAGAAAAAGCAAGACGAUGCUCAGGAGAAAGCAAGGAUGAUGCAAUUGCAGCUUGCAGCUGUUCAACAACUACAACCUGCACCUGGUCCAGAAGCAGAAAAGGAAGAUUACACUCAGCCCAUACAGACACUACCUGCAGUAGCAGCAGCUGCUCCAGAUGAACAGACUGAAAUUCCUGUUACUCAGCAUGCUCAGCUUCCACUGACACAACAAUCCCGCAUAUCAACCAAUGUCAAUAAGACUAGAAAUAAAGGAAGGCCUCCAAAACUCCAUGUCACCAGGGCAGGGCAAAGGAAAAUGCCUCUCUAAAAGCAGUUGCUAUAUCUGUUGAAACUAUCAAGGAUAGCAGCUCCGCAACAGCCAAGAAACUUGCCAGCUUCAUGACAUUCGUUCCAACUCCGGGUUUCAAACCUCCUAGAAAAAAAGAUAUGGAAUGACUUCAAGACUUGAAGACAUAAAAUAUAGGGCAUUUAGUAUCUGUUAUUUUGUCAGGGCCAAAUUUUACCAUUUAUAAACAAUGUGGUAGUUGUGGUAUCUUCAAUAGCCCUGUUUUUUGUAUAGUCCUUUAUAGUAUACUGCUUUCAACUGUCAGCUACUACCUUUUGGAUUAUUAUCAUGUUAAAACAAUGUUGUUAUUUGAAUCUGAGACAAUGGAAACUAGUACACCAUUGGUGAUGUUA